AUGGCCUCCCACUCCUCUUCAGGGCCCCCAGAGGCCGGGGCGGGGCAGCCGAGCGAUGCCCACCGCCCCGCCUCAGCGCCCAUCGCCAAAGACGAUGCCGAAGAUGCCUCCAUCAGCAGCAGCCCGUCUGGAGGCGCUUCUUCCGCUCUUUUCCCACUGUCGCCUCCUCCACCCGGGCAGCAGCAGCAGCACCGGAGCAACAGGGGAGAGGAAUGCGAACACAGCAGCAGCAGCAGCAGCAGUGAUGCGCCGCUAAAGUGUCCCUCGGUCGAGCAGCAAGAGGAUCUUCAGGAGACAGCUGCACAGGUGGACGUGAUUCAGUCGCCUCCUUGCGCUUCUUCUGCUUCUUCUUUCUCAGCACAUGCCGCCCACGGCGGCGGCACCUCCUUCCGCAGCGCCUCAGAAGCCGUUUCUGGCGUUGCUGCUGCUUCUGGGUCGACCGCGGCAGAAGGGAGCAGAGGGCAGGGAGAUGAGACUCCGGAGACAGCUGCUGCUGCUGCGGCUGCUCCAGCUGCAAGUGCAGCUGCAAGGGGAGGAGCGUCAGCAUCAGGUGAAGUGAAGCUUGAGGCGAGUGGUGAAGGUGCGGGGGCGGGUGUACCGUCAUCUUCUGAAGUGGGGGAAGCGGCGGAUGAUACGAAGGAGAAGCGGUGUGAUGCACCUCCUCUAGACAUCGCCUCGUUGUUCCUGUCUCCUUCACAAGACCUGGACUCCUGGGCCCCGGAGGACGGCGAGCUGCUGCUGCCUGCAGGCUCCUUUGUCAGUGCAGACGCCAUCAGUUCCCACAGGGGUCCCAUAACCAUAGGCCGCGUGGCUCUGUUUCUGUUUAGUUUGUUUCAAGGAGAUGUACGCAUGGGCCUACUUUCCGCACAGGGGCGGCUGCUCGCUUGGCGUUGUCUCCUCUUCUUAGCAGAGCUGCACGACCGACAGACAGCCGGCGCUCUGCCGCAGCAGCAGCCCACAGGGGCGCAGGCAGCAGCCGCAGCAGCAGACCCCAACAUACGCAGAAAGCGACUACAACGCGAAAGUGUGGCCACGUCCAAAGGCCGCCGCUCCGUACGCCAUGCCUUCCUUUUAGACCGUAGCGGCGCAGCGCGUGCUGCUGCUACUGGAGCUGCUGCUGCGGGUGCUGCUGCGCCAGCGCCCGCUGCAGCUAGCAGCAGCAGCAGCUACAGCCCCGGGGCAGCGGACGAGUGGGCGGAAGCGGAGGAGGAGCCGCCGUCGGCAGCUGCAGCAGCUGCUGCUGCAGCCGCUGCUGCAGCUGCAUGCGCGAGCAUGCGAGGCGAGUCUCAGGGGGCGGUGGCAGGGGAACAGGCGCGGAGCGUCCCAGGACUCAGCGGUGCGUUGCUGCUGCAGCGGCAGCUUCAGCAGCAGCAGCAGCAGCAAGGGCAUCCGAAUUUGGGGUUUGAGGCGAACUUCACGCGGUUUGUUGGGGGCACGAUUGACCGACGUUGGGCACUGCAGCACAAGUGGCUGCGGAUACCAGCGGAGGCAGCCAAGGGGGGCGAAGGCAGCAGAGGAGACGAAGGCCACAAAGGAGAUGGAGAAGUAAACAGGGGCGAAGAAAUAAACGCUGAGGAAGAACCACUAGAUGUUCGACUCGAAGAAUUCGGAGCCGCCACCGCGCCGAAGAUGUGGCCAAAGGCCGAGGCACUUCCAGAAAAGAUUUUUGUCGGCUUACCGAUUCAAGUGGCAACGUGGGUAGGGUGGGGCCGGUCGGACACGGGAGAUGCGGGGCGGAUGCUGUGGAGGGACUGCGAGGUGGUGCAGCUACUGCACAACAACAGCUUCAGGGCCCGUUGCUUCGCUUCGAGCGACCUGAAGGGCAGCGCAACUGACUUCAUAUGCCAUGUGAGCGACUUCGUGCCUCCCCGAGUGCCUUGCCCUUGUCCGACAGAGUGCGCGUGGCGGCUGCUUCCUCUGGAGGCGGACGUCGCUAGAGAUAUAUACCCUGGGGCAUGUUUGUCUGUGGGGCUGACAGCAUCGAACCCACCGCCUCAGGAGCAGGGUCAGGGGGAGGCCGUUGCAAGGGCGUAUUUCGUCGAUGUCGUCGUUCAGGAUGUUUACUUCUCCCUAGAACAGGCAUCCCGCGCCAAGGCAGCAGUUGCGGAGGCGCGCGAAAGAGAUGAAGCCACAGGUGUCCGCACCGUCUUGAUUGGCCGCAAUCGACCGUCAAGCUGUACAGACACCGCAAACACAGAAACAGGAGCAGCACCUGCGGGAGCUGCGGGGCCUGUGGAGGGCUUGCGACCGAACUGCAUUGUACGAGCCAUGCGGGUGAUGGUCCUUCGGACCGGUGGCGCUGCAAAUGAGUUCGCCUUGGUGGCGGGGAGGCGGAUCUACCGUUUGCCGUUUGAUUUGUACAACGACAACGGAGGCAUUUUAAGAGAGUGCAGAGCCCGACGCAAACAGAGCUCUAUUGUACCGCGACUUGUGUGGGCCAUCCCCAGGGCGUUGGUUCCACCCGCGCCGGGCCAGCUGAGGGGUAGCACCAAGGCAGGGGGCACUUCAGGGGGGGGCGAGACGACAGCAGAGGCUGCAGCAAAGCGGUGGCAGUACCGGACUCAGGAGAACAGCACGGAGUGGACGGUGUUUCCGCCUUUUGUUGUGGUGUAUGUGCCGUUCGACGGGUCUGCGUGCCAUCGAAGAACUCAUCCCCUGCUGCUGCGCUACCUGCAGCCUGAGAUCGAUUUGAAGGCUCUUUCCCAGGGAGACUGGCGUCUCUGCUUACCUCAAUAUGAGGCUCCCUCCGCCCCGCCUGUUCUGCUGCCGCACCCCAGCGAUGUCUCCAUGCCGGAGCGACGGGGAGCGGGCAGCGGUAGUAGCAGAGAGGCUGAGGAGACAUCAGGGGAGGGGCUGUUGCUGCUAGAUAGUCCUUACACAGCCACAGCCUCCCGUUGUGGUGGUGGGUCAUCAGGGAGCGUGGCGUCUGAGGGGCGCCUGGGCGUCGUCAGCAGCAACAGCGACGACGCAUCGGACUCCUUUUGCUGCCCCCUGCAGACUGCAGCCGCGCCGCCGCAGCCGCUUAACAGCGGCUCUGCUGCCACUGCUUCCGCAGGUGGAGGUACGGAGGCGGCGCCCCGAGCAAGCGUGUUGGGCAUCAACCAUCUGGCCUCGCUGCUGUGCAGCGGGGGAGAGGGGGCCCCUUCUCGGGAGCUGCUUGCGAAGGCGCUGCCCUUCUUCCGUGGCCUGCUGCCGCACCUCACUGCUUCACAACCGGCAGCAACAACAGCAGCAGACUGGCAGCUCGACGUGGCCCGAGCAGCUGUAAGAGCAGCAGAACGUGCAAGGGAACUGUACGUUGAGGAAGAAGAAACAGAGGCAGAGAGACUCCGCCGUCAAGGUUUUUCCUUCGCUGGACCCGCCGUAGGCAGUGCGCCACAAGCUCAGGUGGCGCGAUGCCCGCGGGCGUCAGAAAGCGCUGAGGCUGGUGGGGGCCUUGAGGGGGAGGCGGCGGAGGCGUGGGAGCUCUUCGGCAGUUCUGGUAGUCGGUACCCGACGAGCAGAGACAUCUCUCGCUUCCUUCUGCGAACCUCUGGCCAUAGCCUGGGGGGCGCUGCGGGCAGAGGCAGCCGCAGCCUUGAUGCCGGCACUUCGCAGGCAGAUGUCCCAGGGGGCCCGCAAGGGGGCCCGCGGCGGCGACCUGUUGACGCUCUUGCGGGGCUUGUGGCAGGCAGCUCUCGCCGCGGAUCCGGGUCAGAGCUGACGGGCGCUGGAGGGGAGCGCCGCGGGAGAGCAGACGACGGCAGCUACAUCUCAAGGGGCGCAGCUGCGGCAGCAGCCGCAGCAGCAGCUGGCGAUUGCGACCUCCACAGCCGGAGAUUGACGCCGGCAGUUCCCCCGACGAGUUUCGUGAGAAUGUGCCCUCAAGAAGAAGCUGCAGGCAUCCCUCGUUCUCGCAGCCUCCUCUCUGCAUCAGGAAGAGGACAGGCGCCGGUGGGGGUCCCGAUGGGAGCGCCAUGUAGGCGCCCUGUGGGUUCUCAGGGGGCUGAGGACGAUGAGGAUUUGCAUGCGGCGUUGAGAAACGCAGGUGCAGCGGCAGAAGCAGCAGCAGCAGUGCGACAAGGGAGUACAGGGGGCAGGACAGGCCCUGUACGGCGGGCAACUCGAAACGUCAGCUACGCAGCUCUGGCUGGUCUGGAGGAAGGCCCUGAAGAGGCCCCUUUCUACCGCCCGCUCAAGCGGGUAGCGAGAGGAGGAGACGGGGGGCCCACAGGCCCCACGGCAUCACAUGGACCGGCGGACGCGUCCUUUGGGGACGUCUGGGACAGACCCCACUCGAUCUCACGAGAAGGAGCCGGAGGGGAAAGCGGCGAGGCUGCGGCGUCCGACCCCCGACAGCAGCACCAGCACCAGCAACAGCAGAUGCAAGCGCAGGCACGCGCAAGCCUGCAGCACUGGGUGGCACUGCAGCGGCAGGCUGCUGCUGCUGAGGAGCGGCUGCGAAGCAGCAGCCACGGAGCCGUUGCUGGAGAGGAGCGCGAAGGGGAGGAUAGUCUGUGCACCGAUGAGCUGCAGGAGGCCUUGAAGGGGUUUGUGCAGUCCAUCAAGGCGGGGGCAUCUCCUCCGGUAGUCAGUGUGCCACCCAUAGCCAGGGACAGGAGCUUCGCAGCGUCGCAUUAA